GUGGGAAAGGGCAGUUUCCGUUAGGUGCUGGAGGCUGAGGCGCGCGACCGGCCGCAGCCCCACGUGAAGCGCUACGCUAGCAUCGCUUGGCGGGGCCGCUCCCCGCCAGCCGCGGAGCGUCCCGGAAACAGCGGGAGACCGGAAGCGGCCCGCGGCGCCGCCGAAGCGAAUCCCGGAGCCCGGUGCGAGGCGCCUCGGAGCGCAGCGACGGCGCCAUGUCCCUCAUCUGCUCGAUCUCCAAUGAAGUCCCAGAACAUCCCUGCGUGUCCCCUGUCUCUAAUCACGUUUAUGAGCGGCGGCUCAUUGAGAAGUAUAUUGCAGAGAAUGGCACCGACCCCAUCAACAACCAGCCUCUGUCCGAGGAGCAGCUCAUUGACAUCAAAGUUGCUCACCCGAUCCGGCCCAAGCCUCCCUCUGCCACCAGCAUCCCAGCUAUCCUGAAAGCCUUGCAGGACGAGUGGGACGCGGUCAUGCUGCACAGCUUCACCCUGCGCCAGCAGCUGCAGACCACCCGCCAGGAGCUGUCGCACGCUCUGUACCAGCACGACGCCGCCUGCCGCGUCAUUGCCCGUCUCACGAAGGAGGUUACCGCCGCCCGAGAAGCUCUGGCUACCCUGAAGCCGCAGGCCGGCCUCAUCGUGCCGCAGGCCGUGCCGAGCUCGCAGCCGAGCGUCGGGGGUGCAGGCGAGCCGAUGGAUUUGGGUGAGCUGGUGGGAAUGACCCCUGAGAUUAUCCAGAAGCUCCAAGACAAGGCCACUGUGCUGACCACGGAGCGUAAGAAGAGAGGGAAGACUGUGCCCGAGGAGCUGGUGAAGCCGGAGGAGCUGAGCAAAUACCGGCAGGUGGCCUCCCACGUGGGCCUGCACAGCGCCAGCGUUCCCGGGAUCCUCGCCCUGGACCUCUGCCCGGCUGACACCAACAAGAUCCUCACUGGAGGGGCGGAUAAAAACGUCGUCGUCUUUGACAAGAGUUCUGAGCAAAUCCUGGCCACCCUCAAAGGCCACACCAAGAAAGUCACCAGUGUGGUGUUUCACCCUUCCCAGGAGCUGGUGUUUUCUGCCUCCCCAGAUGCCACUAUCCGGAUUUGGUCGGUCCCGAAUGCCUCCUGCGUGCAGGUUGUUCGGGCGCAUGAGAGUGCAGUGACGGGCCUCAGCCUCCAUGCCACCGGGGACUAUCUCCUGAGCUCCUCCGAUGACCAGUACUGGGCCUUCUCUGACAUCCAGACAGGGCGUGUGCUCACCAAGGUGACAGAUGAGACCUCUGGCUGCUCUCUCACCUGUGCGCAGUUCCACCCUGAUGGGCUCAUCUUCGGAACAGGCACCAUGGACUCGCAGAUCAAGAUCUGGGACUUGAAGGAGCGCACCAACGUGGCCAACUUCCCGGGCCACUCGGGCCCCAUCACCAGCAUCGCCUUCUCCGAGAACGGCUACUACCUGGCCACGGCGGCCGAUGACUCUUCCGUCAAGCUCUGGGACCUGCGCAAGCUCAAGAACUUCAAGACGCUGCAGCUGGACAACAAUUUUGAGGUGAAGUCGCUGAUCUUCGAUCAGAGCGGUACCUACCUGGCCCUCGGGGGCACAGAUGUCCAGAUCUACAUCUGCAAGCAGUGGACAGAAGUCCUUCAUUUCACAGAGCACAGCGGCCUGACCACCGGGGUGGCCUUUGGGCACCACGCCAAGUUCAUCGCUUCAACGGGCAUGGACAGGAGCCUCAAGUUCUACAGCCUGUAGGCCCUGGCCCUUCCGCUCUGGGAGCUGAGCCUCAUCUCAGUAGAGGGGUAGAAUUCGGGU